ACGGUCUGUAAAUGACUACGGUGUAGUGCUCUCUGUUCCCACAUUUUGGUCAUUGGAGACCUACUGCAAAAUGGAAUUUUUUAGUCUUCCAAGGGAGAAAGAAGAAACCAGCCCUUGAUAACUCUUUUAUUUUCCAAUACUUCUUGAGGUGUGCCUACCCCAACAGACAAAGCACUUAUGUUGCAAAACAUCGUUUGAGAGUUUGGGGUUUAAUCUAUGCCUAUUGAUCCCCCUCUGUACUCCACACUGGUGAGGCCACACCUCGAAUACUGUGCUCACUUUUGGGCCCCUCAUUGUGAGAAAGACAUUGAGGUCCUGGAGCACAUCCACAGAAGAGCAACGAAACUGGUGAAGGGGUGGAGAACAAGUCAUGUGAGGAGCAGCUGAGGGAACUGGCGUUGUUUAUCCUGGAGAAGAGGAGGCUGAGGGGAGACCUCCUCACUGUCUACAACUACACAAAAGGAGCUUGCAGAGAGACCCUGAGCUGGACAUGAAUGGGAUGGCAUCAGACCACAACACUUCCUCCCAGGAAGAAGACCUCCCUCAUUACCUCCAGAAGGAAGAUCCCUUUGCCUCAAAGCUUUCCAGAGAAGCUGACAUCGUGGCUGGGUUUUAUCUGACAGUGAUUGGGAUUCUCUCAACCCUGGGAAAUGGAUACGUUAUUUAUAUGUCCUCAAAACGCAAAAAGAAGUUGAGACCUGCUGAGAUAAUGACUGUUAAUUUAGCAGUGUGUGAUCUAGGCAUUUCAGUUGUAGGAAAACCCUUUAGUAUAAUUUCCUUCUUUUCUCACCGCUGGAUCUUUGGAUGGAUGGGCUGCCGCUGGUAUGGAUGGGCUGGAUUCUUCUUUGGCUGUGGGAGCCUUAUUACCAUGACAGCUGUCAGCCUGGAUAGAUACCUAAAGAUCUGCCACUUGUCUUAUGGUACCUGGCUUAAGAGACAUCAUGCGUUUAUCUGUCUAGCAAUAAUCUGGGCCUAUGCAACAUUCUGGGCUACGGUGCCUUUUGCUGGUGUGGGGAGCUACGCCCCUGAACCGUUUGGGACCUCCUGCACUCUGGACUGGUGGUUGGCGCAGGCUUCGGUGGCUGGACAGGCUUUUGUUCUGAGUAUUCUUUUCUUCUGCCUCCUGUUCCCGACUGCGGUGAUUGUGUUUUCCUAUGUCAAAAUAAUUUUAAAAGUCAAGUCAUCCACCAAAGAGGUUGCUCACUAUGAUACCAGGAUUCAGAACAGCCACAUACUGGAGAUGAAGCUGACCAAGGUGGCAAUGUUGAUCUGCGCAGGGUUCCUCAUCGCCUGGAUCCCUUACGCUGUGGUCUCUGUCUGGUCAGCCUUCGGACAGCCGGAUUCUGUUCCCAUUCAGUUUUCAGUGGUACCAACUCUCCUUGCAAAAUCAGCAGCCAUGUACAACCCAAUCAUUUACCAGGUCAUUGAUUGUAAGUUUGCCUGUUGCCGGUCGCGUGGAAUGAAGACACUGCAGAAGGAGAGCUCUUCGAAGAAUUCAAGGAUGUAUUCCAUAUCUGCACAAAGAGACUCGACAGCAAUGAACGAAACCCAAAUGGAAGUCUGAAGGCUCAUUUUUGCACAAAGCAAAUGAAAACCUGAUGACAAAAAAUCGUACUAUCUCCAGUUCCUCUUUCUGUAAAUAAAUUAAAACAUGAUGACACUUCUAUUUCACUCCUUAAUCCUAUGUACAAUGUAUUUCUUUCCAUCCUGGCUGAAGUAGUGGGAUUAGAGCUGGGCAUAUAUUUUAUGUACUCAGAAGAAGAAGAAACAGAAAAGAUUCACAUCUAAUUUUUUUUUAUUCAGAGCCUUUAAAACACCUCUUUUUUUUUUUUUCAGUUGUAAAAGAAGUGAUAAUUUGGACGAUAUUGUCCUUCACAGAAAACAAAGUAUUCACAAAGGCCAGUCAUAGUUUGCUAAAGCUAUUCUCCUGAGAUUCCUGCUGCAGUCACUGGAGAACUGGAGCAUGAGAGAAAGGAUUCCUUAGAGGACAAAUCAGUCAGAAAUUCACUUAUCAGGGCUCUGAAUCACCCACUGGAGAAAAAUUAGCCCACUGAUUAUCCCUUGUGAAUGCCUCUCCAACUCAAGUGACUACAAGCUGUCUUAAAACCACUUUAAUAUUGAGAAAUAUUUUGAUUCUAGUCAAGGGAGGGUCAGAAGUGCUGCAUUCACACAGGUCAGUACUUACGAAUGAGAGGGGACAGGUCUCUUGCUCAAAUGCUAGUUUCAUUUCAAUAGUGUGGAAUUCUUAAUAACCUUGUAAUAAAAAAGCAGAACCUAAAUGAAGUCAGUUCACGUUUGCCAAUGUGAGCAAACCAAAAGUUUGCACACGUUUUUAUUAUACUCUGGCCAAAAUUAAGGUGAAAAGUCAUGGCAAUAAGCAGACAGGUUUGUCUUCUUGGAAAGUAACUUGACUUUUUUCACUUCGUAUGGUCCUCUCCACAAUUCUUUAUGUGAUCAUUAUUGAAUAUAACGUGACAAAUCCUUCCUCAAUCCUAAGCAUGAAACCAGGCUCAAAACUAGUGAAUUUGUGCAAAAGGUUACACAUGAGUCUUUCUCAAAUGCAGUUGUAUCCAGUCUUUAAACACUAAACUGUGGAAGAAUGAGGAUUAGGAACAAUUUAGGAAAACAACAGUCCUACUAGAAGAAAGCUUCAAGUUCCUAAUGUACACAAUGGAGAAACAAUGUGCCUUGAAAAGACCUGCAGAGUGAGGCAGCCAAAAUAGCUGUAUUGAAUCUGAGAUGUAAUUAUACCUUUUCUUUUUAUUUUUUUUUUAAUUAACCUUAAGGUAGAGGCAUGGCUACAGACCAAAAAUUAGCAGUUCAGUAUAAGCAGCUUUUUAACGCUUGAAAUAAUGAUUUUGAUGUUUGUGGGUCAUUUCUUUAGGAAGAACGUGAUACGAUAAAAAGUAAGUUACUUGCAAAUCACAGAGUCUCCCACACAGAUUUAUGCUGACCAUUCAUUAAAAAAUAAGAAAGUUAGGAGGGUUAAAGUUUCCUUCUGAAUUGUUCCUCUAAGGAAAGAAAGCGUUUAUGAAAGAGGUUCAUUGUUUUCCUGUUUAGCGUUUAAUGGUGCUUUUUAUCAUGCUGCUGUUCCUCGAUUGUGUUUAACACAUACUCCCUGCCACACCGAACUGAACUUCUUUGUAGCUGAUCUGUACUGAUGUUAAUCUUGUUUUAUACACAAUAUCAUGAAGGUUUAAAGUAAUCUGUUGUUUACUGGCAUAUCCCAACCGUCUCAUUCUGCAGACAAUGUUGUAGAAGUUGAAUUUUGUUGAAUUUCCUAAGCUGAGUAGAAGAAAGUAUUGUUUCCUCCUCUGCAAUAUUUUAGAUAAGGGGUUUUGAAUAAAUACUUGGAGAACGCACAGAGGUAGAAGGUGUUACCAUCUUACCUGUACAAUAUUUUUUGCUGUAUUUUCACCAAGAAGUUGGGUUCUUUCACCUCUAUAGACUGUUCAAUAUAAGUCAAGUUUAUUACUUGACUACAGCUGCAAAUUGUGCCCCAAAAUUGAUCCAGAGCAGAGGGCACCCAUUACAAUAUUUCCAGAUUUGGUUACGAAGCUGUCUGUUGAAAAUCUUCCCUCUGUUUUCCUGCAGCUUUUAUUCCUUUCUUCGUCCAGGCAAACCUCAGGUGAUGUCUGUAGAUGCUUAUCUUAACAAAGGUCUGCUCUUAGACAGACGUACUGUGGCCCUGUAAAAGUAGAUUAGUUGGAGGAAAACUGCUGGUAAGACUGAAGGAGUUACCAGAUUUCAGGGUAGAUCAUUUCACAAUUUGUACAUGAAUCCUUCCUAUGGUUUUAAUUGGGGAAGCUUUUCUCUUUACUUUUUAAUUUAAAAAGUAUGCACUCCCUUGGAAAUCGCUUCUGAGUCAUCCCAGAAAGACAUACACAUUUGUGGUAGGGCUGAAUUUUAUAUUCUUAAAGACUGUAAAAUAUAUUUGCAUUCCACUAGAGGGAACGUGCUAGGUAGAUGUGCUAUGUAAAUAGGUCAGAAAUUUAGUAAAGUCUAAAUAUGAAUUUCUGGAAUCAUGAUAAAUGUGUUUCUCAUGAUUUAUCUAAAGAUAUUAUUUUUUUAUUCAGUUCCAUAAUUACAUAUGUUUGAAGACACAAUUUUAUUGCUGCUGAAUAGUAGGAAAUUCUAAGACUAAUUUGAGCAGGAAGUUAGAGAGCUAUUUACAUUGAGCACGUGUUCAAAUGAAAGAUGUUUUCCUGAGUCAAGCAAGACAUUCAAGCAUGCAGUAUUGUGAUUCAAAUGCAGAAUCCUAACAUAAGAGGUCAUGGAUCUCAUCUGAUUCAAUGAUAAAAGAGAGCUGGAGCACCUUCUUUCUCUACCUGUGAACAUCAUGCAAUUAGUUUAUGCUCCAUUUGGGAUCGCAGCGGUGGAGGAACACAGGGCCUUAUUAUGGAUACAAAUUUUUACAAUCAAUUUUGAAUUGAAUCCGAAGCUGUAGCCUGAUGGUUCAAAAGGUAAUCAUUUGCUUUUGAUGUUCAGGACAGAGUUUUGUCACGUCCAUGUGUUGAGUCUGAUAAUUGAUUAUUAUAUAUAACUGAGACCUGUCGCCUUGGUCUAAGGUCAUCAAGAGAAAAGGAAUCUCUCAUUUACAUUCAAGAAAUCUUUUAAAUGUUCUGCAAGAUUCAAACACGUUGUUUUGUGACCUGAGCUUAAUCAAAGCACCAACAAAGUAAAACCAGUGUGAUGAAUAAGGAAUACGACUCUGAUGAGCAAAUUUCUUAUUGCAUUUUCAAUAUUUCAGCCUCUUUGUUAAAUUAAGAAAUUUCCCUCUUUUAUGUAUUAACAUUAAACUAAAUGUUUUUCAAUGAAAAUAGUGGCAUCAAGAAUAAUAGCUAUAGAUGAGAAUCUUUUAUUAUAUAUCCUAUGUGGACAUCCAGAUUGAGCUGCCAAGAAGAAGGCGUUAUCUGAAUUCACUGUCAGGGGCUUGAAGGAAAUAAUUGACACAAGUUAAGCCUUUGUUUAGAUAAUGAGCUGACCUGAAGAGUUGGAUUGUCCCACUGAGAUUAAGGCACUACUCUGUAUUUCAAGGUUAAGGCAGUGAAAUUAUGCAAACCAUGGAUGGUUUUUAGUUUGGUUAUUUUCAGCCAGAGGUGAGGAAUACCUAUAAACCAUCUUCUACAGACUCUGAAAUCUGUUGACAAUGUAGAGCUAUCAAUACUCAAAGAGACACAUGAAAUAGGGGAAUUAAGCAAACGUUUGUGGCAGAAUUUCAAAAUAUAAAGCACUAAAACUAGAAGUUAUUGUUAUGAGCUUUUGGGAUACAGUAGAGAAUGUUUGUUUGUGCAGGCGAAUGCAGCUGUAGCAAAAUUUAUUUCUACCCCUGCAAUAAUAAUGAAAAAAUCCCCAACCCAAUAAAUGGUUUGUUAAAAAUAUUUAUGACCUACAAUGCACGAUUGCAGCCAGUAGAAAACUUUUGGCUUUGUGACAUCCAAAGGGAAAGAGAAAAAUGAUGUGACUUUAUAUGAAGAGAGUACGGUUAACAAACUGACAGGUGAAAUGCUAGAGAAUUGGAUUUUUUGGUGGAACUUUUCUCUUGGAUGACUGUGUAUGGACAAUGUUGUUUGAAGGCGGUCCCAUCUCCAUUAUGCACAGUGAUCUUGGUCAUGAGAAUAAAUAUUAAUUACUCUUAAAUGACCAAGCACUUACUCGUUCUGCAAUUGUACAUUAUUCAUUUUAUGAUCCCGUUUCUACCGCCUUUUUUGCCUCCGGGGAACUCGCGGACAUACCAUCCUACAUCCCUUAGGAAAGCAGGUUUGACAUCUUUUUAGUUACAUUUCCCAGCUCAGGAUAUUCCCUGCCCUGGGUAGAAAACUCUUAAUAAAUGAUGUGCACCACAACACCUAUUUCUCUCCCUCUCCUCUCCCAAGGCAGAUGGAUGAUUGGUUCACUCCCUCUUAGAGCAUUGCAAUGAAGGAAAGAGGUCUUUAUUAUCAUCAUCAUCAACAUGUUUACGUAAGUUAUUGAGCUGUUGAACAAAAUCUUUUGAUUUUUCUUUUGAUUUAGUUAUAGGGAAGCUAAGAGGAGAAGAUGACAGGGUUAAGCUAAGGCAGCCCAGAAAAGGAAAGGUCUGAGAGUAAAUCAUAUCAGUCUAUAAGCAGCUUUAAGGCAAUUAUAAUGCAAAUUAAGAAAGGGAAUCAUUCAGUUUCAGAAGGUGAUAAAAAGAAAGCAAAGCUGGAAGGUAAGGCAGGAAAAGCUGAGAUGGGGCUUUCUUAACUAGUGGAAGAGUCAGGAUUUGGAACAGAUCUUAAGGGGAGAAUUUAGGACAUGAUUUAGCAGCAAAUCAAGAGCAGAUUACCCAAUCCAUUAUCAGAAAUUAUUUACAAAUGGAAACACUGUUAAAUGGCCAUUUUUAGUCCUGAUAUCUGAUUUUCUGAAUGAAGUCUUGAUUUAAAUGUUGGCAGUAUCUCACCUUAGGACCCAUCUGUGUUUCUGAGGGAGCAAUGCUGACCUUCCCGUGUGGACAGCUAGAUUGUAGACACACUGAAACCAGCUUCAAAAGACCUGUCACACGGUAAAGCUCACUUUUAAUGAAUUUGUUUCAAAAUCCAUAGUUGGUGCAAUGCUGUGGCAUGUUUAGAUGCCAAGUCAAACUUUGUUAUGAAAGAAGUAUCUUUGUUUUCUCAUUUGUUAGAUGAGCUUUUCAGAGGUAGCAUUUUGCAACACCUGGGAGUUCAAGAUUAGAUGAAGUGCUGUGAUUUCUGCCAUAUACAAUUUCUUAGAAUAAAAUAUUUACAGUUAUGCUACUGAGCUUUGGAGAAUAUGAUAAUAAAUCAGGAAUCUCAAAGCGAUUAAAUUAAAAUAUAACAAAUAACCACAAGGAAAUUACAUGAGAAAAUUACCUUUAGAAAAAUAUAUGUUGGUAGAUCUACCUUUUCAUUCUUAGGAAUUAAAUUUCUAAUAGGGAUAAAUUUACAAAGACAUCAAUAGACUUUUAGUGAUACUGAUGCAAUAUAACUGGAAUUUAGUUGUCAUUGAAAGCUGAGGUAUGAUCAUUGAAUAGAAAGAUAUACCUACUGCUAAAGGUCUGUCUUAUUAAGAAAUUACUUCAAGUGUCCCUUCUAGUGUGUGUUAUAUAUUUUGUCUCAUUUUGUUGGCAGUAGAAUUGUAUUCACAUUUGAUGCUGUGAUAGUGAUCUAUGCUUAGUAUUGUCGAGCAGGAUAAGACAGGCACUUAGUAGCCAGUUUUAUUCCUUUCUUUAGGAGAUCAGAUUCCUUCCUGCUGAGAAUAGGUGCACACGUCCUCAGAAGUCCACGCUCUGCAUCUAUUUCCAGUUUCUUCUGUAAAAAAGGUCUCAGGUUUCCUAUUUGUCUCCCAUGUUUGCCACUACAGCAGCACUGCCGGCCUUGGACAUCAUUUAUAAUGCCUGAAGCAGAGGGUUUGGGUCCUUAAGGCAAAGGGAAAGUAGGCAGGGGCCGGAUUGCUCUCUCGCUUACACAAACCGGGAGCAACUCCACUGAGAUCAGGCAACUGGCUGUGCUCUGAAAUUGUGUUACAAAUAAAAGGAGAAAGCAUGCCAGACUCAGGAAAAGUCAGAUUUAUUGACCAUUUUCCGGGGUUAGUUCUCCAGCUCUGACUUACAUAACGAGACCUGGAGCUAGGAGGAUCCCUCUUGCUGAGAGGAGGUACCAACUGCUGUGAGGAUUUAACUUGGCCAGAAGCGUAAAGGCGAGGAAGUCUGAAGACUACUUUGUUCCUGUCGCUGGGUUGUAUCAGAUUUUUCCAUGUUCUGCUUCAUUUUGUGGUUUUUAAAAUGCAUUUAACCUCCCCAGUUGCCUCCUGGGCUGCACAGCUGAAGUGUCAGUGGCAGCAAGUUGGUGCCGCAAGCAACAUUCAAAGCUGUAAAGAGCUACAAGAAAUUAAUACAGAACUUCCUAGAAUUCUUAUUACUGCAUUUUUUUUCGGUAUACUGGAGCUCAAAGUAUCACAGAAGAUCUGAGUGUGGUUAUUAAUGUACCUCAGAGGUCAGAGCAGUGGGAGAAUUCAUAAACUGCCACAGUCUUGUAACUCACAGUAGGAAAUUUGGUUGUUAGCAUCCAUAAAUGUUCCCAACGCAUUGUGUGUCAGUGCAAUGUCCUGGAACUGCAAUCAGCAAUGGGAGAGAAAAUUUAUGGAGUGAAUCUGUAAAUAACUGUGUAAGUUUUCAAGCAGCGUUGCUGAGUUAAUAUUUGUUAAUAUAUAACACUGUGUUAUGAAGCAGUAAAAAACCAAACCUACUGGCUGCACUUAACACCAGGGGACACUUUGCUGUCACUUUAUUGGAGCAACAAACCGGUUAUUUUCAUUUUUCUCUGCCCUUUUUCAUUCCUCUGAACACACAAACAGACUGAUGGCAUCACGAGCAGACUUUA